AUGGUAUUGUCAGUAAAUUGUUUACUUCUACAAGAAGCUUCUAAAAAUAAUUUCAAUGCUGUCGUUGGCGAAGUAUACACCAAUGAUGAUAAAAUUAAUGUUAACUUUAGUGAAUUUACCGUUUCAAACUUCAAAGAGCUUCUCUUUCGUAGGAAAAAAGUAAAACAUGUAGUUCAAGAUUCUGACAGUAUGGAACUUUACAAAGUUGAACUCGACCUUAAGAGCUUGAAAGAUAAAAUUUUUACCGAAGAUGAGAUUAAAAAUCUUGGCACGAUGAUGGAACCUGAAUUUGAAUUUAAAGAAUAUUUUAAUAAUAAUGACAAAAAACCUAAGUCAAGACGCCUUCAUAUCUUCAUAGUUCCCACCUCUUCUGCUGGUCAAAAACGAUGUGAAUAUCCAGAAUCCAUUGAUACAAAACCAAAAAAGCGACUACGAUCUGUGAUCAAUCUUAGAGAUCUUAAAGAGUUGAUUGCCGAGAUUAAAGAAAAUGUCGCUAUUGUUCCUCCCCCAGAACUUUAUCCCAAAUCUGCAAAAGAUAUUGCUGGCCGUUUCUCCAAAGAAGGAUCCCGCAUACCAAUAACUGGUAAAAAGUUUCCGGACAUGCGACUGGAUGACAAGUUUAUUAGUCCAAUGGGUGAUAGACUUAUCAAAUUAUGUAAAGAUGAAAACAUGUUCCAUUUGCUUUAUGCAGUUUCCGGCAAGACGAGAGCCAUUUUCGAUAUGGCCAUGCACAAUGAGAUCUUCAUAACAUAUAUUGAAUGUCUGAAACGGAAGGAUGAAAUAGCUGGUUUAGAGCCAGCAGCUGAUGCAAACUUUGGAGAACUUGUUGUAAGGAUAACUGAAAUUUUUGAAAAAAAACCGAUUAAUCUUGCUGUAUUGGAAGCAAAUCGACUUAUUGCUUUAGAGUUUACUGCGCGAGUUUUACACUUCAUUCUCCUUAAAGAGAACAUUGAGAAUCUUACACCACGCGACUAUCUUCUUGCACAAAUUAACGGUGGACAAAAUUGCAUUGCUAAUAUAAAAUUAUAUUUAAUCUCCUUCGAAUUUACAACUGCUGAAAUGGAAGCAAUUUUUAUAAUUGCUACACAAGAUCACUUGACACUUAACAGAGAAACACAUUUGUUCGCCAUCGAUGAGGCAAAUGCAGCUACCACCAUUUUCUUUGGUAAUUUUCUAAACCAUAAUAAUCAUCCACGAGGUCUAUUAACGCCAUUGAUAACGUUCCUAGGGCAACUACGAGUUCCAAUCGUAAUUGCUGGUACAUCAUUUACACUUGGACAUGGGAAAAGUAUUUAUGGUGACAUUGGCAAGGGGGUAACUGCCGAUUAUCUUGUUGAUUUUAAAAUGUUAAAGCUUGAAGAGGUAGAAUCUUAUCUAGAACGUUAUUUGGACUUGUCUGAAUGUAAUCUUAAAAAUAUUGAAGAGAUUAAAUAUCUUGCUGGUCGUCCUCGUUUUGCUGCUCGGUUUGUAUUGGAAAUUAUACGUUUGGAAAAAAAUUAUAACAGGACUAUAAGCAAACAAGAUGUGCUUAAACAAGCUAUUAAACAAACAAUAGAAGCAAUUAGUGAUCGCCUUAAAUCAACUCUUGAAAAUAUUAUAAAGGAUGCAUAUGAUGGUUCUGAUAAAAAUGGCUGGAAAAAUAUCAUGGAAGUGCUUUUUGUUAAUUGCUGGUUCUUUGGUGGCUAUGUAUCUAGACAUGAGGUUGUUGAUCGUUCAAGGAGGUUAAUUGACUCUGGUAUUGCACGUUUGGUGGAAAAUGAUAAGAAGUCCAUGGUGAUUGAUGAACUCAUAACGGUUGAUGUUGUCAAAACUGUGCUUUUACCUAAAUUUAUCCGACCAGAUGAAUCACUACUUCAAAAGCUAACUGCAGAAUUAAAACGAAAUGCAACUAAAAUAUCAGAUACUUCAAAAGGUGCUACGUGGCAAUAUCUUGCCCAAGCAGGAUUAAUGAGAUUCAAUGAAAAGUCGGUUGCCGAUUUUGUUCAUACUAUUUACGACUAUGAGAUAUUUGAGAUUGGAGGAAUUAAGAAAACAAAUUUACCUGAAUGGGCGAAUAAAGCAAUUAUCAAUAUUAAAUCCUAUGGGGAUUUAGAUAAACUCUCUUGGCAAUUUCAAGAUAAGAUUAAUGACGAUGUGGAUUUCAUUUCAUUGCUUUUAGAAAGUCCAAAGGAUCGAAAGUAUAUGCUUGAACCUUCUGCUGUAAUGCGUCCAGAUGGAGUCUAUAUUGGCAAUAACAUUUCAGAUAGCGGUGAUGAUUACUGGACCCUACUUAUCAGUGCUAAAAUAUAUGGGAUUCCACUUUCAGGAAAAGGUGUUGAUAUAGAUAAACGGACAACAGAUUGGAGAUAUGUUUACUAUGACAAUAGUGAAGAUGGAAAUACUCAUCAAAUAAAAAAGCAUAUUAUUCGAGGAAGACUUGACACUAUAUGUGAUAAAUACAAACAUCAAGGUUCCCUUCGUAUACAUUUCAUUCUGCCUGAUUUAGCAGAAAAUACAUAUAAGUCAGAUCGAGGUGGUUGCCGGAUUGAACCUCGUACUCAAUGUCAUUAUGUACUAAAUUGUGGUUGGAAAUUUGACCUUAAACUAAAAGGACAGCUAAGUCAGCUGCUAGUAAAGGGAUUCAUUUAUUCCAAUAUUAUUUAUGUUGUUGGAAUUUAUUUUGAUUCUGAAAACGAAGGAGCUCGAUGGCCAUAUUCUGGACAGAAUCCUUCUGCAUUAUCUUUAAUUGAAACUGUAGACAUUGCUACUUUUUAUCAGAACCACUACUUAGGAAAAUAUGUUCUUAAUAACAUUUUGUCUUGUUAA